CGCGAUACGGCAUGGCUUCUGCCGCUAAACUGUUGUCUUCCGCUUCGCACGGGCUGGCAGCCAGCAGGGCCAUCGGUCCUGACUUACGUACCAACCCCACCUUCUCUGGCCAUGUUCGUCCGGUAUUCCGGAUGGACACCCCAGGGUCAGGCCACCCCCGCCUAUUCGCGUCGUCUGAACGAGUUAGAUCGCUCCUGCGGUCUAGUCGGUCUCAAGGAGUGCCUUACGUUGUUACAUCGGCCUACACUGCGCCAACACGUCCAAGGUUAGGUGGCGGUAGUGUCCAAAUUUCUGUCUCUCGCGUCACGACCCAGAUCAAGCCGGGCCGGCAACUUCACGCUUAUAAUUAGCCCUCGACACAACUUGUAUGGGUUUGAAGGCGCAGCACAGUGUGGUGGCGUCUCUAUACUUAUAGGCAGGACUUCCCCACUGCAGUUAGUCAAGUGUACGUCGGCAACCUGGGCUAUUCCCGCAGUCCGUGGCCGCAAAGAGUCUCAAUCUUCGAGCUCGCCGCAGUCCACCGCAAUGUUCUCUUCACCUCUUCUUUGCCUUUACGUGUUCUGUAUCACGCAUGUACUCGGUGCCAUCUUCGAAAGCCCGACACCAGAAAUUCUCAACAGCAAGUAUGACAUCAUCAUCAUUGGUGCGGGUGCUGGAGGUGCGGUAAUGGCCAACCGGCUUACUGAGGACAACAGUACAAAGGUUCUGCUCAUUGAGGCGGGCGGAAGUGAUUUCAUGAACACCAAUAUCUUGGCCCCUGGUCUUGCCACCAGUCUGUCGCGGUCAAAAUUUGAUUGGAAUUUCACGACGACCCCUCAAGUCGGUCUCAACAAUCGUUCCGUACAGUACCCGCGAGGAUUCGUUCUAGGUGGUUCGACAGCUAUCAAUCUAAUGAUAUACAGUCGGGGUACGAUUGACGACUUCAAUCGUGUCGCGAACGUCUCUGGGGAUGAGGGAUGGUCCUGGAAUGAGAUGCUUCCGUUCAUCUUCAAGGUCGAUAACAUGACCACUCCUACAGACGGGCACAACACCACCGGCCAGUUCAAUCCAGCGUUGCAUAACACUGACGGCGUAGUAGAUAUCAGCGUUCCGGGGGUAUCCCUGGAUAUUGAUGCGCGUGGACUCAAUGCGUCUCAGGAGUUACCAGAUGAAUUUCCAUUCAAUCUCGACUACAACUCCGGAAACACGACUGGUUUCAGUUGGACACAGGCAACUAUCCAUGAUGGUCGGAGAACUACCUCGGCUACGUCCUACCUCGCGGAAGCAUUCAACCGAACUAACCUUGAUAUCCUCGUCAACACUCGCGUCACGAAGAUCGCGCCCGUUGGAGAGGUCAACGGAGUCCCUGACUUGCGUAGUGUUCAGUUCGCGCAAUCUGCCAAUGGUACUCUGUACACCCUCGAGGCCGCCGAGGAGGUUAUUCUCUCUGCUGGCGCAGUGCAGUCCCCUCACAUUCUGAUGCUAUCGGGUAUCGGCAACAAGGACCACAUCUCCUCUUUUGGAAUCAAGACACUCGUCGACUUGCCUGCAGUUGGCACUAACAUGCAGGACCACGUCUUCCUCGGCAACUCCUGGCUGGUCAAUUCAAACUUCACCCUGGACGACCUUCACCGAAACGCCACGCUCUCCGCUGAGCAAUUGCAGAUUUGGGAAGUCAACGGCACAGGUCUGAUUGGUCUUCCUCCGACGAACCAAUUCGCCUGGCUCCGAGUGGACCCUUCCGUGUUCCAGAGCCUGAACGCAACGGAUCCGAGUGCCGGGACGACGUCCGCGAACUUCGAGAUGAUCAUCAGUGAUAACUUCGCCUCCAAGCGCGUCGCGCUUCCAGCUGAAGGACGUUUCCUCACCUUUGUGACCAACGUCGUCUCGCCCAGCUCUCGCGGUAAUAUCUCUUUGGCAUCAGCGAACCCCUUCGACGCGCCUCUCAUUAACCCUAACCUCCUUGGAACGGACGUGGACGUUGCAAUUAUGCGCUCCGCGAUCAAGGCUGCGCGUGCGUUUGCCGCUGCCCCUGCGUGGUCUGACUACAUCAUCAGCGAGUUCGGCGCAUUCGCAAACGCAACUACAGACGAGGAACUGGACGCGUACAUCCGGGAUAAUGCGGACACUGUGGACCAUCCUGUCGGGACGGUGCCGAUGGGUAAGGGGUGUGAGGGGGCGCUCAACGCAGAUCUAACUGUAAAGGGCACUGCGGGGUUGAGGGUUAUCGACGCGUCUGCCUUCCCGUUCGUCCCUUCGGGGCAUACGCAAGGUCCCACUUACAUCUUGGCGGAACGGGCUGCAGAGCUCGUCAAGGCAAGUCUGGGACAGCAGGAGCGUAGUAGGCAUCACCGCGGUGGUAACAAGUACUGAGGCCUCUUGCAUGUCGUUCAUUUUGAGCAUGCCGUCAUCUUGAAGACGUGGGUAGUUGGCUCCACAUGUCGACAGGAAAAGUAUCACCAAUUGCGUCCUGUAUAGUCAUCAUGAGAAACUUGUAUACACGACCGC